ACAACUCGGGCUGGGAGCCAUUGCAUUGUGGGGAGGGAGACUGGGGCUCCUCCGGGACGCACUCCUGGCACCGCCAGCUGCUCCUCGGCCCGGCCGGCGGCCCGCUCAGGACGAUGCCCCCCACAGCCAUCCUGUGCCCGUCACCACUGCCCCGGGAGACGCCUCUGCUGCUGCCCUUCGCUGCGGGCCCCGCGAUGGCGCCCCGGCCUCCACUGGGCGCCUGCCUGCUGCUUGUGCUGCCGCUGCUGUGCCCACCGCUCACCCCGACGUGGGCACACCGCUUCCCAGCGCCCAAUACCACCCUCAACCGCUUGGCGCUGGCCCCAGGCCGGGGCGCGCUCUACGUGGGCGCGGUGAACCGCCUUUUCCAGCUCAGCCCCGCGCUGCGGCUCGAGUCGGUGGCCGUCACAGGCCCGGUCCUCGACAGCCCCGACUGCGUGCCCUUCCGGGAGCCGGCCGAGUGCCCGCAGGCCCGGCUCACCGACAACGCCAACCAACUGCUGCUGGUGAGCGGCCGGGCCCGGGAGCUGGUGGCCUGCGGGCAGGUGCGGCAGGGAGUGUGUGAGAAGCGGCGCCUCGAGGAUGUGGCGCAGCUGCUGUACCGGGCCGAGGACCCCGGCGACGGGCAGUUCGUGGCUGCCAAUGCCGUGGGCGUGGCUACGGUGGGCCUGGUGGUGCCCGGGCCAGGCCAGGACCUCCUGCUGGUGGCCAGGGGCCUGGCGGGCAAGCUGUCGGGCGGGGUGCCACCCCUGACCGUGCGCCAGCUGGCUGGGCCACAGCCCUUCUCCAGCGAGGGCCUGGGCCGCUUGGUGGUGGGCGACCUCUCCGACUACAACAACAGCUACGUGGCGGCCCUCGCUGACGCUCGCUCGGCCUACUUCGUCUUCCGCCGCCGUGGGGCCCGGGCACAGGCCGAGUACCGCUCCUACGUGGCUCGGGUCUGCCUGGGGGAUGCCAACCUCUACUCCUACGUGGAGGUGCCCCUCACCUGCCGGGGCCACGGCCUCAUCCAGGCCGCCUCCCUCGCCCCAGGCGCCUUACUGGGAGCGUUUGCUGCCGGCCCGAGGGGGGCGCAGGCGGCCCUGUGCGCCUUUCCCCUGGCCGACCUGGACGCGACCAUGGAGCGGGCCCGGCGCCUUUGCUACACCACGGGCGGCCGGGGCCCCGGCGGCACGGAGGAAGCCACCGUGGAGUACGGCGUCACAUCGCGCUGCGUCACCCUGCCGCCCGACUCCCCCGAGUCAUACCCCUGUGGCGACGAACACACCCCGAGCCCCAUUGCGGGCCGCCAGCCCCUGGAGGCGGGGCCUCUGCUGCAGCUCAGAAACUCCAUCAGCGCAGUCGCAGCCCUCCAGGCAGACGGACACACGAUAGCGUUCCUGGGGGACGUCCAGGGCCAGCUGCAUAAAGUCUUCCUCAAUGGCACCCGAGGCCAGGUGUACCACUCACAACAAGUGGGGCCCCCGGGCUCGGCCAUCAGCCCCGACCUGCUGGUGGACAGCAGCGGCAGCCACCUCUACGUGCUGACUUCCCAGCAGGUGGACCGCUUACCCGUGGCAGCCUGCCCCCAGUUCCCCGACUGCAGCAGCUGCCUCCAGGCCCGGGACCCCCUGUGCGGCUGGUGCGUCCUGCAGGGCAGGUGUACCCGCAAGGGCCAAUGCGGGCGGGCAGCCCAGCCCAACCAGUGGCUAUGGAGCUACGAGGACGGCCGCUGCCUGCACAUCCAGAGCCUGCUGCCGGCCCACCAUCCCCGCCAGGAGCAGGGCCAGGUCACCUUGUCUGUGCCCCGGCUGCCCACCCUCACCGUGGACGAAUACUUCCACUGUGCCUUUGGGAACUAUGACAGCUUGGCUCACGUGGAAGGGACCCACGCGGCCUGCGUCACCCCUCCCCAAGACCAGCUGCCGCAUAACCCUCCAGGCACAGAGCACAUCACCUUGCCCCUGGCCCUGAUGUUCGAGGACGUGGUCGUGGCUACCGCCAACUUCUCCUUCUACGACUGCGGUGCCGUGCAGGCCUUGGACGCGGCUGCCCCGUGCAGUGCUUGUGUGGGCAGCCGCUGGAGGUGCCACUGGUGCCCCCAGAGCAGCCGCUGUGUGUACGGGGAACGCUGCCCGGAGGGCGAGAGGACCAUCUACAGUGCCCAACAGGUGGACAUCCAGGUGCGGGGCCCAGGGGCUUGUCCCCGGGUCGAGGGCCUGGUAGGCCCCCUCCUGGUGCCUGUGGGCUGGGAGAGCCGUUUGGCCCUGCGCGUGCGGAACCUUCAGCAUUUCCGGGGCCUGCCUGCCUCCUACCACUGCUGGCUGGAGCUGCCCGGAGAACUGCAGAGGCUGCCAGCCUCCCUGGAGGAGGUGGCCGGGGACGCCGGCCUCAUCCACUGCCAGGCCCAGCAGUUCCAGCCCUCCAUGGCCCAGCGGGAGCUCCCGGUGCCCAUCUACGUCACCCGGGGCGAGGGCCAGAGGCUGGACAAUGCCCGCACUCUUCAUGUGACCCUGUACGACUGCGCGGUGGGCCACCCCGACUGCAGCCACUGCCAGGCGGCCAGCGGGAGCCUGGGCUGCCUGUGGUGCAGCCACGACCGGCCCACCUGCCGCUACGGGCCGCUGUGCCCGCCGGGGGCCGUGGAGCUGCUGUGUCCCGCACCCAGCAUCAACGCGAUUGAGCCCCUGACCGGCCCUCCUGAGGGCGGCUUGGCCCUCACCAUCCUGGGCUCCAACCUGGGCCGGGACUUUGCCGACGUGCAGGACGCCGUGAGCGUGGCUGGCCGGCCCUGCAGCCCUGACCCCUCUCUCUACCGCAUCUCUGCCCGAAUUGUGUGUGUGACAUCUCCUGCCCCCAACGGCACCGUGGGCCCAAUCCAAGUGGCCGUUAAGAGUCGGCCACCGGGCAUCUCAACCCAGCACUUCACCUACCAGGACCCCGUCCUGCUGAGCCUGAGUCCCCAGUGGGGCCCCCAGGCAGGGGGCACCCAGCUCACCAUCCAUGGGCAGCACCUGCAGACGGGAGGCAACAUCAGUGCCUUUGUGGGCAGCCAGCCCUGUCGUAUAAGGGAGCCAGUGUGUCCUGAGGCCAUCGUGUGCCACACCACGCCCCAGGCCAGCCCAGGAGAAGCUGUGGUUCGAGUGGUCUUCGGCCGUGCCCAGCGCACGCUGCUCGCCAGCCCCUUCCACUACACCGCCGACCCCCAGCUCGUGGCGGCGGAGCCCAGCGUCAGCUUCCGGGGGGGCGGGCGGCUGAUCCGAGUCAGGGGCACGGGCCUGGACGUGGUAGAGCGGCCCCUGCUGUCCGUGUGGCUGGAGGCCGCGGAGGAGACGGCUGUGGCGGUGCAGCCCCGGGACCCGACCCCCAGGGGGAGCUGUCGGGCCCCCGCCGCAGCGCCCCAGGCUUGCACCCAGCUUGAGGGGGGCCUGCUGCAGUGCUCCACCGUCUGCUCCAUCAACUCGUCCAGCCUCCUCCUGUGCCGGAGCCCUGCAGUGCCGGACGGGGCCAGCCCUCGGCGCGUCUUCUUCGCCCUGGACAACGUGCAUGUGGACUUCGCCCGUGCCAGUGGGGGCCAGGACUUCCUGUACCAGCCCAACCCCCGCCUGGCCCCGCUCAGCCGCGCCCGCCCCUACCGCCUCAAGCCAGGCCACAUCCUGGAUGUGGAGGGUGAGGGUCUCAACCUGGGCAUCAGCAAGGAGGAGGUGCGCGUGCACAUCGGCGACGGCGAGUGCCUGGUGAAGACUCUCACGCUCACCCACCUGUACUGCGAGCCGCCCGCGCGGGCCCCGCAGCCCACCAACGGCUCCAGACCCCUGCCGCAGUUCGUGGUGCAGAUGGGCAACGUGCGGCUGCCACUGGGCCCCGUCCAGUACGAGGCUGAGCCCGCGCUCUCUGCCUUCCCCGUGGAGGCCCAGGCGGGCCUGGGCCUGGGCGUGGCCGUGCCGAUCGCCGCCGUGCUCCUCCUGACCCUCGUGUACAGGCACAAGAGCAAGCAGGCCCUGCGGGACUACCAGAAGGUUCUGGUGCAGCUGGAGAACCUGGAGAUCGGCGUAGGCGACCAGUGCCGAAAGGAGUUCACAGACCUGAUGACGGAGAUGACUGACCUCAGCAGCGACCUGGAGGCCAGCGGGAUCCCCUUCCUGGACUACCGCACAUACGCCGAGCGCGUCUUCUUCCCCGGGUGCGGCAGCUGCCCGCUGCAGCCUGCCCUCGAGGGGCCCGGGGAAGAGGGCCGCCGCGCGCCGGUGCGCCAGGGCCUCAUGCAGCUCUCCAACCUGCUCAACAGCAAGCCCUUCCUCCUUACGCUCAUCCACACCCUGGAGGAGCAGCCCAGCUUCUCCCAGCGGGACCGCUGCCUCGUGGCCUCGCUGCUGUCCCUGGCACUGCACGGCAAGCUCGAGUACCUGACCGACAUCGUGAGGACGCUGCUCGGAGACCUGGCUGCCCAUUACGUGCAGAAGAACCCCAAGCUCAUGCUACGCAGGACGGAGACUAUGGUGGAGAAGCUGCUCACCAACUGGGUGUCCAUCUGUCUCUACACCUUCCUGAGGGAGGUAGCGGGUGAGCCGCUCUACGUGCUCCUGCGGGCCAUCCAGUACCAGGUGGACAAGGGCCCUGUGGACGCCGUGACAGGCAAGGCAAAACGGACCCUGAACGACAGCCGCCUGCUGCGGGAGGACGUGGAGUUCCGAACCCUGACGCUGACGGUGCUGGCUGGCCCGGGGGUUGGCGGGGCUGCGGCGGGCAGCAUGGUGCAGCGCGUGCCUGCCCGGGUGCUCGACACGGACACAAUCACCCAGGUCAAGGAGAAGGUGCUGGACCAAGUCUACAAGGGCACCCCCUUCUCCCAGAGGCCCUCAGUGCACGCCCUAGACCUCGAGUGGCGCUCAGGCCUGGCUGGUCACCUAACCCUGUCGGACGAGGACCUGACCUCAGUGACACAGAACCGCUGGAAGAGACUCAACACCCUGCAGCACUACAAGGUCCCGGAUGGAGCCACGGUGAGGCUCAUUCCCCAGCUGCACAACGGAGGCGCCAUCUCCCAGAGCCCGGCCCCGAGCUGCCCCUCUGGGCAGAGUGAGUCCCGUGGCCCAGCCGCACCAACCUGCCCCCGAGUUCGAGACGUCCCCGCGCUGGAGGACGGUGAGGACGGCGGGGUCCGCCUCUGGCACCUGGUGAAAGUCGCCGAUGAGCCAGAAGCAGCGAAGGCGCGGCGCAGCAGCCUGAGGGAGCCGGAGCGGGAGCGGACGCGGGCCAAGGCCAUUCCGGAGAUCUACCUCACCCGCCUGCUGUCCAUGAAGGGCACACUGCAGAAGUUUGUGGACGACGCCUUCCAGGCCAUCCUCAGCGUGAACCGGCCUGUGCCCAUCGCUGUCAAGUACCUGUUUGACUUCCUGGACGAGCUGGCCGAGAAGCACGGCAUUGAGGACCUGGAGACCUUACACAUCUGGAAGACUAACAGCCUGCUCUUGAGGUUCUGGGUGAACACCCUGAAGAACCCACAGCUCAUCUUUGACGUGCGGGUGUCGGACAACGUGGACGCCGUCCUCACCGUCAUUGCCCAGACCUUCAUGGACUCCUGCACCAUCUCGGAGCAUAAAGUGGGCCGGGAUUCCCCCGUGAACAAACUACUCUACGCCCGGGAGAUCCCUCGCUACAAGCAGAUGGUGGAGAGGUACUACUCCGACAUUCGCCAGAGCUCUCCGGCGAGCUACCAGGAGAUGAACUCGGCCCUGGCCGAGCUCUCGGGGAAUUACACCUCCGCUCCCCACUGUCUGGAAGCUCUGCAAGAACUCUACACCCACAUCCACAGGUACUACGACCAGAUCAUCAGUGCCCUGGAGGAGGACCCUGUGGGCCAGAAGAUGCAACUGGCCUGCCGCCUGCAGCAGGUUGCCGCCCUGGUGGAGAACAAGGUGACUGACCUGUGAGCUGGGCAGCAGCAGGGUCUGCCAGUUCAAUGCCCUGGACGGAGCCUGGACGGAGCCGGUGACACAGGAGUGGCUGGCAGAGAGCGGGAGCGGCUCCCUGCUGCCUACCCGCCCCCCCCCCCCCGCCCCCUCCGCUUCCCUCCUUCCCCGCCUGGGCUUCUAACUUAUAACCAUCCUUUCUCCCUCCCCCUUCCCCACUGUAUUUAUGUGUUUGCUGGAGCAUCACAUCUGGAAAUAAAAUAGAAAUGUCUUUAGAAGAAGCCCAAUGCCCAGCCCCACCUUCGCCUGUGAGUCUCUUCAGUGCCCCAGCACAGCCCUCCCCUCGGCCCAGGGCUACGACUUCUACUACCUGAGAAAACGAGGACUCCGAGGCCUUGCUCUCCUCCCUCCCCGACCCCUGCGGGAAAGGUGCCCCUGCCCUCAGGCCCCCAGCUAUGCCACCCCAUCCUCCCGGUCCUUUCCUCGGCACAGGGACGUAGAAGCAAGCGUCGCCAGUCACCGCCAGGCCCCCUCCGCUUCCCUCUGACUCUGACAGUCCCCAGCUGGCCUCCUGGCUCCCCUCUUCGCCCCCCAGCCCUCCUGGGAGCAGCCGGUGUUCUUUCUGAAGAGCCAAGGUGCCCACCGGUCUCUGCCGGAAGCCCACGGUAGCGCCCACAGGCUCGGGGGGCUCCUUGGCCGCCCAAGGCCUCCCCUCGUCUUCCCCACCCACACCAGCCAUGGAGGUCUCCACCCCAUCCUGCUGCCUCCCUGGAGGCUUCCCCACCCACCCCCUUUCUGGGGACCCAAUUCUUCCUCCUGGUCCCUUGGAUGGGGUCCCAAGGUCACGAGCUCCAAGGGCUCUCUGCCUGACCCGGACAUCUCUGCCACCAGCCCACUAGAGCUGUGGGCUUACUUGCUUCCCACUCGAGGACCCCUGAGGGCGGGGCCCGGAAGAACAGCUCCCUACGCCUCCUACGUGGAUAUGUGCACGUGUUGGAGCCAGUAAGCAAGGCAGGGCUGGGCCGCAGGGAGCCGGGAGAGACGGUGCAGCAGUAGAGUCCCAGGCGGGCCGUCCCCAGGCCGUCACUCAGGCCCAGCACCUGUGGUGGGAAGAGCUGCCCGCAGCUCACGCCCCUGACCUUUGCCUGGCCAGGGCCCCCAGCGACGCUACACUGAGGGACAGGAGGGCCCCAGCCUGUCUUGGGGAUCAAGGAGCCAUCGGAAAAGCGGGGACCCAGCAGAGAGGGGGCAGGGAAUGAGGUACCCGUGGGAAUGCAGGGAUCGCCUCUGGGAAGGCUCCCCCAAGGGCCAAACAGGAAGCCAGAGAAUGUUCCCAGAGUGUCACCGGCACCCUAGGGCAUGUGAGAAGGGGUGAAAGCCCGGCCUGCCAUGCCCGCAGUGCCCUUGUGUGGCUGUCCCCAUCAGCGGGCUCUGGAGUACAGGGGUUCAGUCUGACGACCAGGUCACCGCCACAGGCCCACUCAGCGGUCCCCUCUGCCAGCCCUGAAGCGCAGGGGCUCAGCCUGGGGCCCGGUUCGUCACAUGCCAGCGUGGGCGUCCCCCUUGGCCCUGGGGUGCGAGGGAGCUCACUGUGGAGGAUGCGUCACACCGUGUCGGUGGAGGGGUCCCCUCUGCCAGCCCUGGGGGGCGGGGGCCUCGUCCUGGGGGCCGGG